AUGAAGUCCUCUUUUGUUCUGGGUCUUGCCUUCAUCCUCCCGCUCAUCAGAGCCCAGGUGCCCCACUGGGGACCUUGUCCUGAACCAGCUGUUCAACCAACCUUCAACCUUAAACAGUUCAUGGGGAGAUGGUUUGAAAUUGCCAAACUGCCGGCCCAGUUUGAGAAGGGCCGGUGCAUCGAAACCAAUUUCACUUUGACGACAGACAACUCCAUUCGAGUGGUCAGCUCUGAAAUACUAAAAGGAGAGCUGAGGAAAAUCGCAGGGACUGGAGUCAUAGAGGACAUGAAGAAUCCUGCUAAACUGGGAAUAAGUUAUUCAUAUGUCCUGCCCUACUCGCCUUACUGGAUUCUGUCCACUGACUACGUGAACUCGGCCCUGGUGUACUCCUGCACGGACAUCCUGAGGCUCUUCCACGUCGACUUCGCCUGGAUCCUGGGCCGCACACGAACCCUGCCGGACGCCACCAUCCAGAAAUCCAUGGAGACCUUCGCCAAUAACAACAUCGACGUGACCAGAAUGAUUCCCAGCAAGCAGCAAGGCUGUGAUAAAACUUUCUGAGCAGGAAUGGAAGAUGGUGCAGUUGAUGACAGAAGAGAAAAUGAUUUAUAAUCUGUUCCAGCAUUCACAUGAUUAUGAAGAGGGAUGUUUUCUAGGGUAAACUCAACUCAGUUAUUCUGUUUGCUUAUGUGUGAAACACAACUUUUUGGCCUUUUUAUGAGAAUAAUGCUUACAGCACAAAAUAACUGCAUUCUUUAUUGUGCAUUAUAAUAAACGGUUUGAUGUGAGGGUGUUUUAAGUAUAACAGCAUGAGUGAAUUUAUAGUCAUACCCACCUCUUUAUUUCAAACAUCAUCCCUUUUAUUACCACCUGGCUGUUUAUUUUUAUCAUAAUGAACGAUGUUUGAGUUUCAGUAUAAAACGUAAUGAUCAGAUUGGAAUCAAGUGGUAUUUAAUAAACCUGAUGUUUCACAAACUGGAAACAUAAAGUAUCCAAUUAGAGAGUCAAUAAAAGUCAGUAAGACUACAUUCAUGUGAUCUUCUUUGAUUCUGUCCAGCAUCUUUUUCAUAAAAUCACAUUUGUUCAUCAACAUCCGAGUGUAGAGUGGGAUUGCUGCACAUAAAUGUAGACGCAAAUAAAACUGAUUUGAAAAUAGC